AUGGAUCCUUAUAGCGACAGCGGCGAGCUUUACCAGCUUAGACAGCAGUUUUUUGCUGCCCAGUACGGCGAAUUAGCAAAGACCAACCUGGAGGACCUGAUUUUCUCCAAUGACGAGAACAAAUACAGAGCAAUCCAGCUUCAAAUAAGAUCUCUGUUGGCUUUGGGCAAGUUUGACGCUGCGAAGGCCGAGAUUGCCAAGGUGAGCGCAGAGGCUCCUUUUGACGAGGAGUUCAAGGCCCUGGAGGCGUACACCGGGUUUUUGGAAGGCGGCAAGACCAAAUCUGAGUCGUUUGAGGCGAUCAUUUCGGCCAACGCUGAGAACGAACUUGUGAACCUUCUUGGUGGGCUUUAUUACGUGUCUUUAGACGAGUUGGACACUGCUAUUUCUCUGCUGUCCUCUUCUGAAGGGUUCGAGAACAUUUCAUUGCUGGUUUACGUUCACCUAUUGUUGAACAAAACCAAGGACGCCGCCAAGAUUCUGUCUAAUUUCAGCCAAAUAUCCCAGGACAACCAGGUGUUCACGUUAUCCCAGUCCUGGUACGACCUGAUUGGCUACGAGGAGCCGCUGAAAUCCGCUUAUUAUUUCUACGACGAGUUUUCGUCCAACGAAAACACGGUGAGUGUGAAGAACUUGCUGUGUUUGUUCAUUUCGAACCUGAAACUGCUGCAUUUCCCAGAGUCACAGGACAUUCUGAACAAGAUCGAGGAACAGGGCGAUGAAGGUGUUGCUCAAUGGAAGGCCGAUCUGCUGAUCAACAGAAUCUCGUUUGAGAUUUUGCAAGGAAACGACUAUACAGAGCUGGUUUCUGAGCUUAAGAAGCUCGAUCCAUCUUCGAGCUACUUGGCCGAUCUCAAGGAGAAGGACCAGCUUUUCGAUUCUAUUGUGGAGAACUCCUCAUCUGGGAUCUCCUCCAGUGUGAUUUUUCUAGGUUUUUUCACCGUUUCGGACGCCUUGACCUUUGGGAUCUUGAUCUCGAGCAUUCCCCGCUGGAACUUGGCGCUGAUGGCUUCUUCUUUAACGUCAGGGAACGACGGCAGUUUGAUGACUCUUUCGAACGAGCCAAACCGUUGUUCAGAAACACGCACAAUGUUCGAGUUGUUGACCGUCGCAUCGUCCGAAAGGUACUUGUUGGUGACCUCUCCCUUGACAACGAGUUCCGACGAGGUUGGAUGGAACUCGAUGUCCACAAACUCUUUGGACACUCCUGGCAGAGCCAAAGCCACGAUUUUGGUCUUUGGCUUCGCUUCCUUGAGAAUUUGCCCGAUUGGGUCUGCUGGUGGUUUUGGGGUGUGCUCGGGCUCAGACUUGGCCGCUGGUUCUGCUGGUUCUGCUGGCCGAGUCACAAUGGCUGGGAAUUCCUGCGCAACCGGUUUGGCUUGCUUUCUAGCAAAGUACGGUCCAAACAGGUCCUCGAGUCUAUAUUGGGUCUCACCGUCAUCAGCAGGCUCCUCUUCCUCGUCCUCGUACUCCUGGUACUGUUCAUAA